UGUGUCCCGUAUUUGGAAUAAGCAAGACUUAGACUACAGCUUUUCCUCUUGACGUGAAACGAGCUCCCUCUUGUAACCUUCAAGAAAAAAAGGAGCCGCAGUGUUUUAACUGAGGCGGCUUGUCCUUUAAAAAAAACUAAUCGUCGGGUUUUGAACUGUGAAGAAAACUAAAAAAAGAAAGAAAGAGAGAGACGUUUUCCAGGACGAAGAAAUGGGAUUUAAAGAACAUAUCUGCCAGCAUUGAGUUGCGAAAACAAGAGGAUAAUUUUUUUUUUUACACCACUUGACUUGGAUUGGAUUAAAAAAAAACAAAACACACGCAUACAGUCGAAGAGGAGCUGUUUUUAAUUUUAAUACUGGUGCAUAUGACAAGUCAGGAGGAGAAAAGAAAAAGGGGAGCAAUGAUGGCAUUUAGCUCACAGGCUAAAGAGCUACACAGCUAAAGCUUUUUAGCAAGGGCUGCUAACUAAGCCUGUGUCGCCCUUUCCAUUGCUGGAGCAGAGGAGGGGCUGCUGCUGCUGGGGCUUUGUAGCAUUGCAGAUCUGCCUUGCAUUUUUGUGUGUGUGUGUGUGUGUGGAGGUUUUGCUGCAAGAAUAUAAUGGAGAAUCCUAAAUAUCUGCAACAGCUACAACAACUCAAGGGGAUCUGCUAAAAAAAAUUAAAUAAAAAAACCCUUGCAUCGACUGCGAUUAUCUUCCAUUUUUUCCUUCCCCCAAAAGACCUGCUGGAAAAAAAGUGUGCUAACUAGGGGAUUGCAUCAAAACCCUCUAAAAGCAGCCAGGGGGUUUGUAUAAUUGUGACUACUUCUUCUUUUUUUUUUUGGAUAGGCAUUAUUAUAAACAAAAAUGGGGAAGUGCUGCACGUCUUAUCCACCUCCUAGAUACUGGAUGUCGGUAUGAAGAUCAUGACUAGGUCGACUAUAACGCGGAUUUAACACCGGCGUCGCCCCUCUUGCUUAAACUUUUAUUAAUUUUGAGGUACAUUCAAGGUGAGAGGAGAACUUCUUUCUUUUUUCCCCCAAAACAGGCCCCUCUGCGCUAACUAACAGGCCGAGGAGGUGUUUGCUCAUCCCUCCUCCUCCACCACCACCUCCUCCUCCUCUAUCAUCAUCAUCAUCAUCAUCAUCAUAACUUCAGAAACCAACAAGCCUACGGAAUAAUAAUAAUAAUCAUCAUCAUGUCUGGAGAGGUGCGUUUGAAGAAGCUGGAGAAGCUGAUCCUGGACGGGCCAGUUCAGUCUACUGGACAGUGUCUGAGUGUGGAGACUCUGCUGGAUGUCCUGGUGUGUCUCUACGAUGAGUGCAACAACUCCCCACUCAGGAGGGAGAAAAAUGUCCUGGAGUUUUUGGACUGGGCCAAACCCUUCACCUCCAAAGUGAAGCAGAUGCGGCUGCACAAAGACGACUUCGAGAUCCUGAAGGUGAUUGGACGAGGAGCCUUCGGAGAGGUUGCAGUGGUAAAGGUGAAAAACACAGACAAGGUGUUCGCUAUGAAGAUUCUCAACAAAUGGGAGAUGCUGAAGCGAGCCGAGACGGCGUGUUUUCGGGAGGAGCGAGACGUGUUGGUAAAUGGGGACUGCCAGUGGAUCACCACCCUGCACUACGCCUUCCAGGAUGACAAUAACCUGUACCUGGUGAUGGACUACUAUGUGGGUGGUGACCUGCUGACCCUGCUCAGUAAAUUCGAGGACCGGCUGCCAGAGGAGAUGGCCAAAUUCUACUUGGCUGAGAUGGUGCUGGCGAUCGACUCCAUUCACCAGCUACACUACGUCCACAGGGACAUUAAGCCCGACAACCUUUUGUUGGAUAUGAACGGCCACAUCCGCCUGGCCGACUUUGGCUCCUGUCUCAAACUCAUGGAGGAUGGAACGGUCCAGUCCUCUGUGGCGGUGGGAACCCCAGACUACAUCUCCCCAGAAAUCCUCCAGGCGAUGGAGGAUGGGAAAGGCAAGUAUGGACCAGAGUGCGACUGGUGGUCCCUGGGCGUCUGCAUGUAUGAAAUGCUGUACGGCGAGACUCCUUUCUAUGCAGAGUCCCUCGUGGAAACCUACGGCAAGAUCAUGAACCACAAGGAGCGAUUCCAGUUUCCACAGCAGAUAACAGACGUUUCAGAGGAUGCAAAGGAUCUGAUUCGCCGGCUCAUUUGCAGUCGAGAGCACCGAUUGGGACAGAACGGCAUCGAGGACUUCAAGCAGCACCCGUUCUUCAUCGGCAUCGAUUGGGACAACAUCCGUAUGUGUGAGGCCCCCUACAUCCCAGAGGUCAGCAGUCCUACAGAUACCUCCAACUUUGACGUGGACGACGACUGCCUCAAGAAUUCGGAGACGAUGCCCCCUCCUUCCCACACCGCCUUCUCUGGCCACCACCUGCCCUUUGUGGGUUUUACCUACACCAGUAAAUGCACCAUUUCUGACCGGGGUUGCCUGCGACAGCUGACAGGUGCGCCGGGUAAGGCAGGGCAGGACCAGUUGGACCUUGAUGUCCAGCGCAGCCUGGAAGACAGCCUGGCCACAGAGGCCUACGAGAGGAGGAUCCGCCGCCUGGAGCAGGAGAAAGUAGAGCUGAGCCGCAAACUGCAAGAGUCGACACAGACAGUUCAAGCACUGCAGCACCCAACAGGCGAGGGCCCCGUCACCGCUAACAAGGAGGUGGAGAUCAGGAGUCUGAAGAGCGAGAUCGACAUCCUCAAGAAGCAAAUUGCUGACUCUGGCCAACUGGAGAAGCAGCUCGAGGAUGUGUCGUUGGCUCGUAGGGACUUGGAGGACUCAUCCAAACACGUUAAGACUCUAGAGAAACAGAUGAGGAGCAUCACACAGGACAAGGACGACAUGCAGAAGGACCUUGUGGAUGCUCACGAAAAGCUGAAGUCUCAGUCGAAAGAGUUGAAAGAUGCCCACAGCCAGAGAAAGCUUGCAAUGCAAGAGUUUUCCGAGCUCAACGAGAGACUCACAGACCUCCGGUCGUCAAAGCAGCGCCUGGCUCGCCAGUUGCGCGACAAGGAGGAGGAGAUAGAGAGUCAAACACAGAAGGUUGAAGGUCUCCGCCUUGAGGUGCGAAAGGCCGAGAGGGCCAAGAAGGAGAUGGAGGCGCAGGCGGAGGAGCAGGCAGCAGAGGCGCAGAAAGAGAGGAAGCUGAGAGAGCGGAACGAGCAGUACAGCCGACAGCUGGAGGAGGAGUUGGAAGGUCUUAAGGUGAAGCAGGCUGGCUCUUCUGCCACCCCAGCAUCAGUGGACCAGUCCCAGGAGGUGGGACGCCUGCGGGGAGAUCUGGAGAAGAAAACGGUGCUUUACGAGGAGGAACUGGCACGCAGGGAAGCGCAGCAUAGCACCGAGCUGAAGGCCCUGCGUAAAGAGCUGCGGGACGCUGAGAGCCAACACCUCGCCCUGCAGAAAGAGAUCCUGAUGCUCAAAGACAAGCUGGAGAAGACUCGCAGGGAGAGCCAAAGCGAGCGGGAAGAGUUUGAGACGGAGUAUAAGCAGAAGUACGAGAGGGAAAGAGUUCUGCUUACUGAGGAAAAUAAAAAGCUGUCCAGUGAGUUGGAUAAGCUGACGAGCAUGUUUGAGAAGAUGAGCACCUCCAACAGGCAGCUGGAAGACGAGAUGAGGGAGCUGGCUGACAAAAAGGAGAGUGUGGCUCACUGGGAGGCGCAAAUCACCGAAAUCAUCCAAUGGGUGAGCGAUGAAAAGGACGCUCGAGGCUACCUGCAGGCUCUGGCCACAAAGAUGACCGAAGAGCUGGAGGGACUGAGGAACACCAGCCUGGGCGCGAGAGCCACGGACAUGCCAUGGAAGAUGCGGCGCUUUGCCAAGCUGGACAUGUCGGCCCGUCUGGAGCUGCAGUCAGCCCUGGAAGCUGAGAUCAGAGCCAAGCAAGGCAUCCAGGACGAGCUGAACAAAGUCAAGGCCAACAACAUCUCCACAGAAUGUAAACUGCAGGAGGUCGAGAUUAAAAAUCAAGAACUCCUGACUGAGAUCGACAGGUUGAAGAAGGAGACGGAGGAGAUGCGGCUACGCAGAGGUGUCAAGCACCAGGAUUCCCAGAAUUCCUUCUUGGCUUUUCUCAACGCCCCCACCUCAGCGCUCGACCAGUUUGAUCGCUCGCCGUCCGUCGGCCCAUCUAGCAAAGGCAGACGUGUGGACUCUAUGGACAACUUCACCCCCUCCAACACUCCAUCCCGGGAAGAUGACCCCAAGGCCCACCUCAAGUCCCGCUCGCGCUCACCCUCCAUGGCUAGCGAUAUGGAGCCCAUAGAGUUGAUAGACCAUCCUCCUCGCACAGUCCAGACCCCCACCAUGCGCUCAGGAGGGUACGGCAGCAUCGGCCGUUCCUCCCCUAAGCCCAAAGCACAUCAGUUUGUGGUGAAGUCAUUCAACACGCCCACUAAGUGUAACCAGUGCACUUCUCUCAUGGUGGGACUCAUACGUCAAGGUUGUACUUGUGAAGUGUGUAACUUCUCCUGCCAUGUAACAUGUGCGGACAAGGCUCCAGCUGUGUGUCCCGUGCCGCAGGACCAGACGAAGGGCCCGCUGGGUAUCGACCCUCAGAGGGGUAUCGGUACCGCGUAUGAGGGCCACGUCAGGGUGCCCAAACCAACAGGGGUGAAGAAGGGUUGGCAGAGGGCGAUGGCUGUGGUGUGCGACUUCAAACUGUUCCUCUAUGAACUGGGAGAAGGAAAAGCAACACAGCCGAGUGUCGUAGUCAGCCAAGUUAUAGAUAUGAGGGACGAAGAAUUUUCAGUCAGUUCUGUUUUGGCCUCCGAUGUCAUCCACGCCAGCCGCAAAGACAUCCCGUGUAUAUUCAGAGUGACAGCGUCCCAGCUCUCUCCCUCCAGCAGCCACAAGCCCUCCAUCUUGAUCCUGGCCGACAGCGAUCAGGAGAGGAACAAGUGGGUGGGUCUCCUCAACGAGCUCCACCGCAUCCUCAAGAAGAACAAGCUCAAGGAGCGGUUCGUCUACAUCCCCAAGGAGGCUUACGACUGCACGCUGCCACUCAUCAAGACGACACAGUCUGCUGCUAUCAUAGAUCACGAGCGUGUCGCCCUUGGCAACGAGGAAGGCCUUUUUGUCAUCCAUGUCACCAAAGAUGAAAUUAUCCGGGUGGGGGACAACAAGAAGGUGCACCACAUCGACCUGAUCCUCCAGGAGCAGCUGCUGGCCGUCAUCUCCGGCAGGAACCGUCACGUCCGUCUCUUCCCCACGCAGGCCCUGGAUGGCCGCGAGACCGAGUCCUACAAGCUAGCUGAGACAAAGGGCUGCCAGACCAUCGUCUCUGGCCCCGUCCGCAACGGCUCGCUCACCUGCCUCUGCGUCGCCAUGAAAAGACAAAUCAUUUGCUACGAGGUGAAUAAGAGCAAAGGGCGCCACCGUCGGCUGCGGGAGGUGCAGGCCCCGGGGCCCGUCCAGUGGAUGGGUCUGCUCAGUGAGCGUCUCUAUGUGGGCUACCAGUCUGGCUUCACCCGAUACAGUGUCCACGGCGACGUGUCCCCGGUCAACUUGCUCCACCACGAGGACCACACACUGGCCUUCAUCCCCCAGCAGAACCUGGAGGCCCUCUGCGCCGUGGAGAUUUCUAGCAAAGAGCUGCUGCUGUGCUUCAGCUCCAUCGGGGUGUACGUGGACUCUCAGGGCCGCAGGUCACGUCAGCAGGAGCUCAUGUGGCCAGCCGUGCCCAACGCUGCAUGCUACAACGCCCCCUACCUGUCACUGUACAGUGAGAACGCUGUGGACGUGUUUGACGUGAACACCAUGGAGUGGAUUCAGACCAUCCCUCUGAAGAAGGUGCGACCUCUGAACAUCGACGGCUCUCUGAAUCUGCUCGGCCUGGAAACAGUCCGGCUGAUCUACUUCAGAAACAAGAUGGCCGAAGGUGACGAGCUGGUCGUUCCGGAGACGUCAGACAACAGCAGGAAGCAGAUGGUGCGCAGCAUGAACAACAAGAGACGCUUCUCCUUCAGGGUGCCAGAGGAAGAGCGACUUCAGCAGAGGAGAGAGAUGCUACGAGAUCCAGAGAUGAGGAACAAACUGAUCUCCAACCCCACAAACUUCAACCACGUGGCCCACAUGGGACCAGGAGACGGGAUCCAGAUCCUUAAAGACCUGCCUAUGAACGUCCGUGUUCAGGAGAGCCGCGCGGGCUUCAGCGGGUCAGUCAGCAUCCCCUCCAUCACCAAGAACCGGGCCGAGCCGGGUCGCUCCAUGAGCGCCAGCAGCGGACUGGGCAUACGCUCGUCCUCUCAGAACGGCAGUGCGCUGCGCAGGGAGCUGUCUGGGGGCAGCUACGGAUCCAAACGCCAGACCAUGACCUCUCCCUCCGAGAGCUCCCUGUCGUCCGGAGGAGGGAUGGACUGUGGUGACGCUCCGCUCUCACAGUUCGACAGAGAGUGGCAGGCAGUAUCACCGUCGGAGAAGACCCCCGAUCUGAAAAGGGCUUUAAGGACCCUGCUUAGUAAGAUGAAGGAUUCGGACUCACCGCGUCACUCCACGGCCUCCAACAGCUCCACCUUCAGCAGCCCCCCGAGUCCGGCCUCCCCACACAAGACCAAGUCCCUGUCCCUGGAGAGCACAGACCGGAUGGGCUGGGACACAUGAGCCCCCGCCCCUCUUCCACUACCCCCCACCCCCUGCCGCCAAACCGCCCACCUGACCCCACAACCCACUGACAGCACAGGACUCUCCAAAAAAAAACCUUCUCCACCUAUUACACCUCUCGCAAUCCUUUCUGAAAUAUUUCCCCUCACUGCCCAGAGAACUGCACCUCCUGUCUGCCGCUGCCCACCCCUCCCUCUCCUCCUCCUCCUCCUCUUCCUCUUCCUAGUCCCCCCCUCCCAUCUCCUCUUCUCCUCCUCGAUGAACAUUUGUCCCACCUUAAACCUCCUCGAUCUGUCUCAGCGUACUUCCAAGUCGGGGCACGAAGAAAGUGUCGUCUUUAUUUUUCUUAUUUUCUUCUUUUUUUUUAAUUUUUAAUUUUGGAGGGAAAUUUCGGUGGGGGAGAAGUUAUCAUAAAUUAGUGGUGGUGUACAUGUGGGUGCUGAUGUUUGAGGGUGCAAAUGUGUGUGUGUGAGUGCAUGUGUGUGUGUGUGUGUGUGUUAAUAAAGAAAAGGGCAUAUGAUGAUGAUAUAGGAAUGACAACCUCCCCCCCUCUCUCUCUCUCUGCUCUUUCUGCCUCCGAGCGAUGCGUUCGAGGUCCAAAUUGACACGACUCUGCUCUCAGCACUUGAUCCCCCCCUCCUCUACCCCUACCCCUCCCCAGCCCUCCUCUCCUCCCACCACCACUCUCACCGCCACUGUCGAGACUCAAAAACCUCACCGUGCAACAACAACAGCAGCAACAACAACAACAACAACAAAAAAAGAAGAAGAAGAGGAUUACUUAUUAAAAGAAAAUGAUUUGUACUUGUACAUAGGACCCUUUUGGGUUUUAGGGGACAAUAUUUUAAUUUAUUUAUCGAUCUUAGACAGGAAAGGGAGGUUUUUUUUUGUUUUUUUCUUGUUUUGUUUUUGUUUUUCUUUGCUUCACGGCUGAAGCAGACAGGUGGAGUUUAAACGCCACACACAGCUCAUCACUUAAACUCUUCUUGCUUUCUCUUUGAGUGUCAUAAGCUGCAUUCAUUAUUGAAAAAUGUUUAAAAAAAAUAAGAGAGAGAAAGGAAAGCAAUGAUUUUUAUUUUUUUUGUUAAUUUUUUGGCUCAUGAUACUAAAGUGCAGUGACUUUAUAAUAUUUUCAGCUACAAACAGCAGCAGCAGCAUUAAUAAGGCAUCGUCACGGCUCCUCUGUGCUACUCUCUCUAUCUCUCUCUCUCUUUCUCUUCAUUGGUCCAGUGCGAGCGACACAACGUCAUCAUCAUCAAUCAUCAUCAUCAUCCCGGCAGCAGCAGCAGCACCUGGGAUGAUGUCGUCUGUCGUGUCGUAGCGUUUUAUUUAAGACGUACCACUUCUUCCUUUUUUUUGCUGUACAACCAAACUGACCAACUCACAGAUUCCCAUCACAGUAAAAUGUACAUAGGUUCAAAGUAGAGAGUAAUAUAUGAUAAGGAAAAUACUAUAGAGAACUACACAGGGGAAAGAAAAGAAGAAAAAUCCUCUUUUGACUUUUCUUUUUCUUUUUUUGAGUGAUUUUGGGGUUGUAUUCACACAAAAAGCCAUUUUUAAAACCACUUUCCAGUUUUUCUUUUUAAUUAAUUGAUUGAUUUUAGAUUUUGUUUUUUUAAUUGUAUGUAUGACACUUUCUUUUAUUAUUAUUUUUUCUCUCUCUCUCCACACACACACGCACACACAUUGGCAUUUAGAGUGAAGCGACUUGUACUGUGUAUGGAUUUGAACACUACUGCCCCGUACUGUAGAGUGAACACACGCAUUUUUAUCACUACCGCACAUGUUAUCUGCACACUGAGAUGGUGUUUUUUUAUUAUUAUUAUGCAGCAUUAUGCCUUUUUCUUUUUUUUUGUCCUGCUCCUCCUGUCGAGAGAGGCGAGAGCUCCGACUGCUUAAAUCAACAAGUUAUAACACGUGUGUGUGUGUGUGUGUGUCCAGAUCUGCUUUGGUAUCUGUAGGUCAGUCCUUCCUAAAUCAGCUCGAUUUAACCAAAAAUGGACAGAAAGAAAGAAAAAGAAAGAAAGAAAGAGGGAGACAUUGUGUGACUUUAUAAUAUCGUCUUUCUCACAGCCUUUUGCUUAUUUCUGAAGAAUGUUUUGAUGAUCUGUUCAUUAAAAAAAAAUAAAAAUAACACUUAAAAACAAGAAUGUAAAAAACACUUCAAUAACUGAUCCCGCAGAUGAAAUAGCACCCAACUUUUCCAUUUCCCCUUAGGGGGUAUUUUGUUGUUUUUUUUCUCUCUCUCUCUCUUUUUGGCAGGACGUUUUUUUUUACGGCACUCGGCAUUCACAGCCAAAAAAACAAAAAGCCUGUUAACCUCUGUUCAUCUCUGAUUCUGCUGCUGCUCCUUCACUUCACAUACAAAAGGCGAGAAUGUGAUUUAUAUUUUUUGAGCUGAAAACUGUCCUUUUAAAAACACUCAUCACUAACUAUAAUGUGGUUAUUAUGUGGUAUUAUCUGCAGCAUACUGUACUCUAAUUACACACAGAGAGGGGUCAAAAUCCCUCCAGUUUAUCGUCUUUUUUUGUUAUAGAAAGGGAAACUUAAAUACUUCGGUGGUCAUUCCUGCCGAUUCCCCCUCUUUAAACGGCCUAUUCCAACUGUUUUAUUCCAUUUUUAUAUAAAAAGAGAGAGAAGAGAGGGAGAGAAAAGACUAAGCUGGUUUUUAUUCCAAACGAGCACCUCUUUAAGAAACUGUUUAAGCUAUUGAGUCUCCUUUUUUUUAAGUUCCUGCUGGGGUGGGGGUGGGGGUGGUUUAAUCUGUAGAAUGUAUUAGCUCAGAGAGGAGGUGGUGGAGGGGUGGCGGGGGUUUUAUUGUACAGAAGAAGUGAUCCCAGUUAUCCCAGUUUAAAAAAAGGAGAGAGGAAAGAAACUCAGGAAAAAAAUGUCAGAACCAAUGAAUUCUUUUCAUUUUUGAUGAAAAACGAGCGUGUUUAAAAAAAAAAAAAAAAAAAGAAAAGAAAAGAAAAAAAACAGAGAUGGUGAGGAGUGAGUGAAGCAGAGAUGAGUGGUUGUAGUGUAGAUUUGACCCAAGGAGGAGGGGCUGGGGGGGGGGGGGGGUGUGGAUGAACAUGGUUUCAGGGGUGAAAGGUGACAGGUGCUUUGACGGCUGAGGUGCCACAGUGGAAAAAAGAAAAGAAAAGAAAAAAAAGGAAGAUAAAAUAAAUCUCGGAAAAAUUCAAAAACGCCUUUUGCAUUUCAGUGAGGUCUUAUCUACAGUACCUUCUAUAUAAUUUUGCUCUUUCAUAUCAUAUUACACACUUUUUUUUGUUUUUUUUGUUUUCUAGGAUUGCUUUGUAAUAAUUUGUACAGUUUUGCAUGUUAUAGAUGUAAUCAUUUUUUGUUUUUUCGGUUUUUUGUUGUUUUACUUGGACUUUUUUUUUUUUUUUUUGGCUCCUUUUUUCUUGAAAACGGUUUGGGCGUUUUACUGAGGAUAACCCACUACAGGUGAUGUAGAUUCUUUUUUGCACAAAAUUAAAAAAAAAAAAAUAUUUAAGGUGUAAGGUCAAAAAAAAAAACAACAAAAAAUAAUGUAUGGAACUGGUUGCCACACUUAUGUGGAGAACUCAUUAUAUUAACCUGACUCCGAUGUAUUUCAAUAAAGCGGAGGGCUGUUACAAAUACUGAGCCAGCGUGUUACUGUGUGGUUA